AUGGCGUCCACUGCCCUGGGGAAGACCCUGCCCAGGGCAGGGGCCACGACGGGGAAACGCCGUGGUCACGCCGUCGCGGCUCACGGGGCAGGGAAGAGGGUGGCGCGGCCGAGGGUCGGCCGGGGCCACCUGCCCCCGGCCCGCCCGGUGAUCCCGGCGCGGACCCCGGUCCCGGCCUGUGCCGGCGGCCAUGCGGACCCGAUCCGGAGCGGGCUGGGGACUGCGCCCGCCCCUCGCCGGGUCCCCGGGCGGCGGGCGGCGGACUCGCGCCCCGGGGGCGGCAGCAGCAGCGGCGCCAGCGGCCGGCGCCCGCCCGGGCAGCGCGAGCUGGGGCGGGAGCGAGAGGCGGGCGACCGGCGGAACCCGCCGCGCCGCCGCCUCAGGUGCGGGGGCCUGGCGCGGGCGGCGGCGCUGUGCGCUCCCGUCCGCUCCCCUGCCCGGCCCGCAGGUGGCGCAAGCCCGGCAGGAGCCCGGGUGCCGUCUCGGGCCCGGCCUGCCCCCGACCCACAGGCCGGGCCUCCGCCUCGCCGGGCUCCGCCCGCAGGCCGCCGCUCCCCCAGGCCCGGCCCGGCGCACCCGCCCGGGACCCCCGCCCCGCGCUGGCACGCUCAGGUGGCCCCGCAAGGCCUGGGCCACCUCCCGGGCCGCUGUGGAGUGCCGUCCGCCCCGGAGAGCGGGGAGGGGGAGCGCCCGCCCAGGGCCCCUGAGCUCGGCCUACCCGCCCGGGCCCGGCGCGCCCCGCGCAGACCCCUCCGCUGGCGUCCUCGCUUGCUCUCUGUGCCCGGCCGCCCCCGAGUCUGGCCCUGGCCUGCCCCCCGUUUCCUGCACGCAGUCCCGAGCGCCCCCUCCUCCGCUCCCUCCUCGGAGCCGGCGGACCACUCUGCGCUGCCCCCGUGUGACUUUCGUGGGCGCUCGCACCUGACCAUUUACCAGCCCUCAGCUGUCGGCGCCCGACCGGCGAUUCUGCACCGCGACCCCCGAGCCCCUCUGCCCUACCAGUCUCCGCUGUCUGUCCUCCCACCAUCCCAAGUCACCAUCUGUAGGUCUCGCUGA